UUUGCGCUGCUGACAGCACUUCAUGUCAUAGCCAUGACAACUUGUUUCUGUGGCAGCUUGCCAUUCAAGACACCUAAAGAGUUUACCGGACCUGGUCCUGCCGGUCUGACCGGUCAGCAAAGGGCCGUCCCUCCACCUCACCCCCUCCAGACCAUCGAGCCUCUGCUGCUCAUAGGAGGCCGUCGGAGACCCAUCAGCCACCUGGGGUCACUGGGUCAUCCUGCAUCCCUGCAGGUCCUAGUGGAGGCAGAAGGUGAGCAGCUGCUGCUUCGGCUGGAAAGGAAUGAGGGUCUGUUUGCCGCUCACUACACCGAGACACACUACCUGGAGGACGGCAGCGCGGCCACCGGCUCCUCCAACCUCACCGUGAACUGCUACUACCACGGAGACGUCGAGGGUCAUGCUCGGUCGGACGUUGGCCUCAGCACCUGCGUGGGGCUCAGGGGACUGAUUACACUUGAAGAUAAAACCUUUGUGCUGGAGCCGUCAGGAGAGGCCCAGCCCUCCCCCUCCUCCUACCGCAUCUACCGUGGAGAGCACCUCAACCUGACCCUGGGCUCCUGCGGGCACGGCGCCAACAUCUCGCACCCCUUCAGCCCGCGGGCGCUCCUCCACGCCGACCACCAGCCGCUGCACGGGCACCACAGCAGGCACAGGAGAAAUGCCCAGAGCACCACCAAGUACGUGGAGCUGAUAAUUGUAGCUGACAACCGAGAGUUCCAGAAACAAGGCAAAGACGUGGAGAAAGUCAAGCAGCGGCUGGCGGAGAUUGCCAACUAUGUGGAUAAAUUCUAUCGGCCGCUGAACAUCCGAGUGGCUCUGGUGGGUCUGGAGGUGUGGAGUGACCAGGACAAGUGUGCGGUCACUCAGGACCCCUUCACCACGCUGCACGAGUUCCUGGACUGGAGGAAGCUCAAGCUGUUGCCCCAGAGACCCCAUGACAACGCCCAGCUGGUCAGUGGGGUCUACUUCCAGGGCACCACCAUCGGCAUGGCACCCAUCAUGAGCAUGUGCACAGCUGAGCAGUCCGGAGGCAUCGUCAUGGAUCACUCGGACAACCCUCUGGGAGCAGCGGUCACUCUGGCCCACGAGCUCGGACACAACUUCGGGAUGAACCACGACACGCCGGAGAGGGGCUGCGGCUGCAGGGUGACGGCUGACCGCGGGGGCUGCAUCAUGACUCCGUCCACGGGGUACCCAUUUCCCACGGUGUUCAGCAGCUGCAGUAAGAAGGACCUGGCCACCAGCCUGGAGAAGGGCGUGGGGAUGUGUCUGUUCAACAUGCCCGAGAUCAAGGUGCUCUACGGGGGACAGAAGUGCGGCAACGGCUACGUGGAGGAGGGAGAGGAGUGCGACUGCGGAGAGCUGGAGGAGUGCAUGAACCCCUGCUGUAACGCCACCACCUGCACACUGAAGGGAGAUGCGGUGUGUGCUCACGGACAAUGCUGUGAGGAAUGCCAGCUGAAGCCAGCAGGCACGCCCUGCCGAGAGUCCAGCAACUCGUGUGACCUGCCCGAGUUCUGCACCGGCGCCAGUCCCCACUGCCCUGCCAACGUCUAUCUGCACGACGGGCACGCCUGCCACAACGUGGACGGCUACUGCUACAACGGCAUCUGCCAGACCCACGAGCAGCAGUGCAUCACCCUGUGGGGCCAAGGUGCUAAGGCAGCUCCAGGGAUCUGCUUUGAGAGGGUCAACUCAGCCGGAGACCCAUAUGGGAACUGUGGAAAGGACUCCAAGGGAUCCUUCGCCAAAUGCGAAGCUCCGGAUGCGAAAUGUGGCAAAAUCCAGUGCCAAGGUGGAGCCAAUCGUCCGGUGAUUGGCACGAACGCCGUGUCCAUCGAGACCAACAUCCCGCUGCACGCAGGAGGGCGGAUCCUGUGCCGGGGGACGCACGUCUAUCUGGGCGAUGACAUGCCCGACCCGGGACUGGUGCUGACCGGAACCAAGUGUGGAGACAGCAUGAUGUGCCUGAACCGCCAGUGCCAGAAUGUCAGCGUCUUUGGCGUCCACCAGUGUUCCGGGAAGUGCAGCGGGCGGGGGGUCUGUAACAACAAGAAGAACUGUCACUGCGAGGCCCACUGGGCUCCACCGUUCUGCGAUAAGGCCGGCUUCGGAGGCAGCGAGGACAGCGGACCCGUGAGGAUAGCAGACAACGGGACUCUGACGCUGGGCAUCCUGGUGGCCUUCCUGUGUCUGGUGGGAGUGGGCAUCUUCGCCUGCGUCAAGAGGAAGACCCUGGUCAGCCUCCUCUUCGCCAACAAGAAGAGCACCAUUGAGAAGCUGAGGUCGGUGGGGCCCAACAGGCCGUCCAGUCCAUCUCACCCACACUCAGUGUGCCGGACGUCUCCCCCGCGCCAGCCUCCCGCCAAGCCGCACAGUGCCAGUAUAUACAAGCCACCUCACCUGGGUCCUGAGGCAGUGGUUGCAUCUCAUAACCUGCGCCAGCUGCCGCAGUGUCCACCUGUGCACCUGAGCCGGCCGUUGCCCGUGGCGCUGACGCUGACCAUCUCCCCGCCGGUGCCCCCUCCUCACCGGGCGCCGCUGCCGCCCCACGUCCACCUCCAGGCCCCCCCUCGGGGCGCCUCCUUCCGCGGGGGCCCUCAGCGCCAGCCGUCCUGCAGGAUGGUCAUGGAGCUGGAGAAGCCCAGUCCACCCCAGAAGCCUUUGCCUGCUGACCCUCUGGGCAGGACGGCCCGUGUGAUGCGCAGUCCCUCCAGCGUCCGCAUGCCGCUGCCCGUCCCGCUCCCCGUCAGAGGACCUGUGCCCGGGGGCCACAGACCAGUGCCUCCACUCCCUCAUCCGACCAGACCUCUUCCCAAGCAGCCUCCAACACUGCCAAAACCUCACAUCAUUGGUGGAGUGAAAUACAGCUGAGGCCUUAGACACAACACAAGGGAUGGAUGCCCUGGAGGGACAAAAAGACUUCUUUUGCACUAUAAAAAACUUCUUCUGCCCUUGAAAAGACAUGCGUUGUGUCUGAGUCCUGAAACUCUGGGGUGGCGGAGGCCCGACCCCUUGGUGCUCUAUCUCAUAACGGUGCUAUGAGUCCAAUGCUCAGGUACAUGUAAAGUUAUUUAUGUCCGUUUAUGUAUUUAUUUCAGCACAGUGCACUGUGGUAGACACUUUUGAAUUGUAGCAUUUGGGUUUUUUUGUUUUCAACCUCUCCUCCUACAUCUUUGUCUAUUCGGUUGCGUUGUUUGUACUGUUCUGUUUUAUCGGUAGAGGAUGCAGUGCCCUCGUUAGGGCACCAUCUGGAGAGACGCGGAUAGAAUAAAGAUGUUCGGUCGAGUAAACUGGAUUUGAAAUGGAAGGGACUUUUGCAGCUUUAUGUGUGGGAGGAUCACUACAGUGUUUGGGAGAUGAAGGAUGAACAGGAGGCAACAGCAAUCUCGAGCAGACUUUUCUGCGUCCUGUGAAUUGAUUCAAAAAAGUGACACACAAACACAAAGUCAUUUGUGACUGAAUGUUAAAACGUGUGUAUUUACAUUUAACAUGACUUUGAUAAUAGCACUCAUGCAUUGAGGUAAUUGUAUACAAAACAUCUCAAAGUAUGAAAAGGAAAAUGAAGAAUGGAUGGAAGUCCAAGUUUUUUACUGUUGUUUUACAUGAUGAUCAUCUUAACUGUAAACAAGACACUUGAGUACAAGGUAGUUCCACUACAUUUGAAAGAACCAGAUAAAAACAAUCUGUAGAUUAAGUUGCAUACGUUACAUAAUAGUCUGCAUAAAGUAGUGAGGGCAGUUCAACCAUCUGUCGAGGUGCCAUUCUCACUCUGGCCAUAAGCCCUAACUACCCCAGAGCACCUGGCUGGGGGCACUGUGGACUCCAGCAUAUUAUGGGCUGUGUCCUGAGAGGGGACGAGCCGAGCUCUAGACUUCCACGACUGGACCUGCAGGAUGCGGCAUGGGGACGGAGUGAUGGUACAGCUGCAGAACACACUGCCUGAGUGGAGUCUGGAGAGGGCUGACGCGCCCGCGGCUAACACACCUCUGUGUGGCCAAG